GCGAUACAAACACUCGUCCGUUUAUCGCAGGGAUUUCGUUAUUCAGGAUAAUCGUCUCAUUAAACUAGUUUCGACUCCUUGGAGCUGUUAUAUAUUUUAAUCAGUUACUCGCGAUUCACAAAUCACAAUCUGUGAUCAAGAGAACUAAUACGGUAGCAAUAACGACAAUCUCCAUGACUGGGUGAGGGUGCAGCUGAGAAGCUCAUAGUGGGUUGAUGAAAAAACGGUAUCAAUGAGAUUGUGCUCUCUACAACACCGAAAGUGUGUGAUAUACCUAUGCAAUGUCGAGUACUUGUAGAACUGGCAAAAGAUGAUAAGGAACUGAAACACAUUCCAUAUUCUUGACCAUGGUUCGUACAAAUACGUACGAUUCCUUGUUUUAAGAAGAAUCGAUUACAUGAUUGUGCAAAAUCAAGAUGGCCCGUCGCCGUAAGAAUGAAUCAAAAUCAACAGUAAAAUCACCGCUAAAGUUUGUAGCUGUUCGAAAGUCUAGUAGACAAAUAGCUAAAAAACAGUUAGAAGAUAAAAAGGUUAAUGGUGGAUAUGUACGGAAAAUACAUUCAAAUGAUUCUGAAGAAUCUAGAAGUAGUCAGGAAAGUCGAGAACAGGCAAAGAAAGGUUCAUCAGUUCAUAAGAAAUUUGGCAAAUACAGUCGUUCGUCAAACAAUGAUAGAGAAAGUAGUAAUGAUGAAAUUACUAAUGAAUCGGAUUCAAUAGCGCAAUAUAAACAGGAUGCAGGAGAAAGCGAUAGUCAAGAUGGAUUGGAUACUUCUAUUCUACCUUCUGAGAAGCUUAGUCCCGAAGAUGUUAGACAGGUAGUUGUUGGAAUCUCUAAUCCUAGCACUCAAACAUCAAAUGAGAGUACAUCUAAUGAAGUUAUGUGGCAAGAAGAUGUUAUUGAAGAAACCAUUAUCUGUGAAGAGAUGGAAGUAGAAGGAGAUGCUGUAGAUAAUGGUUAUGUGGCACGAGAUGACAAUGUUGUACUUGAAGAAGUUUUGCUAGUGAAAGAGCCCGAUUUUGAUGAAAAAGGCGUUGUUGAAUUUACUGUGAUACAAAAUGAUGAUGGGACAGAAUCCAUGGUAAUGUCUUCAGAUUCACGUAAUGUGCAGAUUGAAGACUGUUACCAAGAUACAAGUGGUUUUCGUUUGAUAGAGGAAGGUGUUAGUAGUUUGCACAUGUCUGAAUCGGUACAUUUUUCUUCUGCUUCUGUAAUCGAUGACAUCUGUGUACAGCCGGAAAGUGAGGAAAUUAAUAAAUCACAAGAUUUUGAUAUUAAAAGUGAAUGUAAAAAAGAUGCAGUUCCUAAUCGUAAAAAAUGUGCAUAUGUACAAAAAGAUAGAUCAAAGAGCGAAACAAGAAGUUCGUCAAAAAAAUCGUCUCGUUCAUCCGUACCUUGUUUGCCGGAAGAAGGUUCCAGUAGGUCCAGUGUUUGUAAUGAUAAAAGUGACUCAAACACUGCAAAGUCUUCCAGUGAACAGGAAUCCUUAUUAUUUCAGGAUGAAAGCACAAUGGAUAAGAAUGUAUUCGAUGAAACUACAAAAUGUUCACUUAAAGAAUCAAGUGAAAUUAUUCACCUUGAUGAUAAUUUAGCAGGCAUGCAAAUCUCUGAAAGUCAAAAGGGUACCACAGAUAGCAACUCUCCUAAUGUACAAAAACAUAAACGUUAUAUGAAACAAAGUUCCACAUACGUACCAUCUGAGAAAGUUUUACCACCUAUACAAGAAACCGAAAGUGAUUUGGCAUUGUUAGAUAAAUUGGAACAUUUACAUACUAAGCAUAGCUCUGAUGAUGGACCACCUGAAGAAACUGAAAUCAGUGAUGGACAUAUACUUAUUAAUUCAAUGGCGGAACAAACCAGUAUUUUAAAGAUCGAUGACUUAGAAUCAAAGAUCGCCUGCACAAAUAGUUUCAUUUCAAAUCCAAAAUUGGGUCAAGAAAAACCUAGCGCAGAUCAGCUUAAAAACUCUGAACGUGUUCAAAACAUCGAAGAGCUGUCUGGAGAUAGUGAAAUGGAUGCCAAGGCUGAUUCUGAAGAUAUCAAAAUGUGUAGUAGUAGUGAAAAUAGUAAUGACACUUUACUUUCUGCUAACAAUUGCAAGAUGCGAGAUUUUGGUGAUAAAAGUAAUACAGGGAGUCUUAGUGAAGGGGACAAAAAGCCUGGAUUUAGAAGUCGUAGUGGAAGUACUGAUACUACUGGAUCUGAAAGUGGAUCUAAUAGUUCUGGUGUUCGUCGCAGCAGUAGAAUAAGAUCGAUAGGUUUAAUGAAACAAAGGUCUCGGGGACGUGGUUUGGUGGUCAAACCUUCUACAGAAGUCACAAAGACAACUCCGCAGCAAGAACGUGAUAAGUUAUCUAGCAUAUCCAACGUGAUAGGACAGGAAUUAAAGGAUAAUGUGGAUAAUCAAUUGGAAACUCAAUCGGACAAAGAAAACAGUAGUAACAAAACUAUACCAACCACUAACGAGUCACUAACUCCAUUACUAAAUGUUAUCGGAGCCACUGGAUAUGACUCUGAUUCUACGAGGCCUGUUAAAGUGAAGUCUCGAUGGCGGAGAUCAAGUGAACUUGAAAUGGGAUCUGGGUCCUUAUCUAAUUCACGGACUGGAACAAUUCCAGUACUUAAUUAUGGAUCCACAAUUAAUCAAGAUACUUUAUCGAGUUCUGGACCUAAGACUGAGUCUGGAUUUAUGUCGCCACUGGCAGUAUCAUCAACAUCUGUAUCUACAUCUGGAAAUGGAUCUGCAUGCAUCUCAACCUUGAAAGUUCUACCUACUAACAUUGAAAAGCCCGUAGAAAAAGAUUCACGUUGCGAGACACCUAUAGUAGUAGAAAAUGCCAGUGCUGUAUUGCCGUCUCAAGUAGUGAUUGGAUCAAAAAUACCACUGCCAAUGGUGCUUCAAAUAAAAGAUAGAGAAAUGGAAGAGAGACUGAGUCAGUUUGAACACCUGAGAGAAAAUCUUUAUUUAACUGAACGGUAUACUAAUAAAGAAACGAAACGUAUGGUGUGCGAUUGCUUUUUAACAGAGGAUGAGAUAAGUCGGGGAGAACUCGGUUGUGGGGAAGAUUGUCUCAAUAGACUUCUCAUGAUUGAAUGUGGGUCCAGAUGUGUUGUCGGAGAUCGUUGUACAAAUAAAAGGUUUCAAAAUUGUGAAUAUGCAAAAUGUGAAGUAUUUCGUACGGAAAAGAAAGGUUUUGGAUUACGGGCUACUGUUGAUUUGUUUGCGGGUGAAUUUAUAAUGGAAUAUGUUGGCGAAGUGGUCGACCCAAAAGAUUUCCGUCGACGAGCGAAGGAAUACUCAAAAGAUAAAAAUCGGCAUUAUUAUUUUAUGGCAUUAAAAUCUGAUCAAAUUAUUGAUGCUACUAUGAAAGGAAAUGUAUCUCGUUUCAUAAAUCACAGUUGUGAUCCCAAUUCUGAAACGCAAAAAUGGACAGUCAAUGGUGAAUUGAGGAUAGGAUUCUUCAAUAAAAAGUUUAUUGCCGCAGGAGAAGAGAUCACAUUUGACUAUCAUUUUCAACGAUACGGCAAAGAAGCGCAAAAAUGUUUUUGUGAAGCUACAAAUUGCCGAGGCUGGAUUGGUGAAACACCGGAAGAAGAAAAAGAAAAGAUCGAAAAGAAGGAAAAGGGUGACAAGGAUAAAGAUAGAAAGAAGAAGGAGGAAAAGAAGCCAGCUGAUUAUAUGGAAGAUGAGGAUUUGGAAGAAGAAAUUGAUAAGUUGUGUUCCGGUGGUUUAAAAAAUCGAGCUCAUACAUUGACGCUGAGUCGAUUAAUGGUUCGCAGCAGAGAAUUAGAACAUCGAACUCGAUUAUUGCGGCUCGUUCAAAGUGGGGAGCAACCAUGUCGAAGAUUGUUCUUAGACUAUCACGGUCUUCGACUAAUUUGGAGCUACAUGAUGGACGUGAUGUCUAAUAAAUCCGAAGAAGCACAACAAUUUCGACUAGAAAUCCUCAAAACAUUAGGCACUUUACCAAUUCCAAAUAAGACUAUGUUAAUGGAUAGUAAGGUUUUUAGUGUUGUCGAUAAAUGGGCGAAGCGAUUAUAUGCAUUACCUAGUGGUGAUUCUCCGGAGGACGACUUAACUAAAUCGAAAGGCGAUGACAGCAGCUGUGACAGUAACGAAAAGCCAAAUAUCGAACUGAGUGAGAUGGGUGCAUCGCAAGAGAAAGAAACAGACAGUAGUCCAAUUUUGAGUGAAAUUAAACAAGAAGCUGUGGAGCAGACACUCGUUCCAGAGUUAGCCUCAAACCUUCUAGUCGAAUGGUCUAAUUUAAAAGAAGUUUUCCGAAUUCCUAAAAAGGAGAGAAUCGAACAGAUGAAAGAACACGAAAGGGAAGCAGAUCGUGGAUACAGAGAAGUCUUAGAAAAAGAAGAAAGAAGAGAAACGUCGUAUGAAAGACAUAGAGCGGAUCGCUACGGACGGAACGAAACUGACAAACGAGUUGACAGAAGAAGAGGACGCGAUUCGCCCGAUUUCGAGUACAAUAAGACAAAGGAUAAGCGAACCGAAGAGCGAGGAAAUCUCGUUCCUAUUCCUCGUAUGUCGAAGUACGAACGCCGACAAUUGUUUGCGUUAAAAGUUGCGAAAGAAGAGGAGGAAAGGCAGCGGCGCCAGCAAGAGGAAUCCUGGCAGGAACACGAAGCAAGAUGUAUGGCUCUCGGCAUGGAUCCACAUACAACGGCUACGGUUGAUCCUCAAACUGGCUAUCCGUUAUUCUUCAAUCCGUCCUUAGGGCAAUGGCAACCAUAUCCAAUUCAAGACGGUGGGGAAAUCGCACAACAAUGUACGCCUGUCUACGUGGGAGGUCACUCUCAAACACUGCCUGGACUCCCGCAAUCCACCGUAUCUCAAACUCCUGCCGUACUAACUGCAGCAAUCACUCCUGGUAUUCAACCUGUCAUUCCAGCCGGGGUUCCACCUACGGUGUAUAUGAACCAAACGCCAGCGUUUACUCCACCAAACACGGCAUAUCCGAUCUUGCCUCAUCCGUAUCCGGAGAGUCAGAUCCAAAUUUCCGGAAAUUUAUUACGGGUACAUACGGAGUCGUCUCCCGUGCCAAUACCAACUCAACCCUUGUAUAUUGAAAAGUCAGUGGAGCAAUUCACUGCUCCGGUUACUACUGCUGAACCUGCUUCGUUCACGCCAGUGGUAUCGGCAUCUACCCCAGCACCGGAACCGCCGCCAUUGGACUUGCCUCCUAAAUGGAAGUGGGCAAAAGAUGCUCGUGGUAGAAUUUACUAUUAUCACGUUAAAGAAAGGAUAUCGCAGUGGUUACCACCGCCCCCGGAUCACAUUGGAGUGCAUCCGGAUUCCUCCUCAACUUCUGAAUCUAGUGACGAGACCAGUUCAUCGAAUGAAGAUGACGAGGAUGUAGACGAUGAUCGCAACAGCGACAAGAUGGGUGACAGCGUUCUGGUAGAGAAUAGUUUAGUGGAGGGUACAUCUAGAAACGUCAAAGAGAGUACCGCAAAGAAGUUGGAUAUAUAUGCGGCUACGUUAACAGUUGGCACAGAGUUGAAACGGAGAAGAGACGGACUUGUUCAAGAGCGGAUUAUUAGCCCAAGACGAGAAGAUGAUCGUAUCGACCAUAAAAAGUAUAAAGAAAUAAAGGAAAAAUUACGUCGCCAGAAAGAAAGGGCAAAGUUGAAAGAGCAAGUCGAAAAGCUACGAAAACAUCGUCGAAGUAGCAAAUCGAAAUCAUAUUCGAGACACAGCUCUAGCAAAUUACAGGCAAUUGCAACUGACCCAACAUCUACAUCAGAAAGAAAGAUUAAAGAUACAUUCAGAAUAAAUAUGGCCAAUGUGAUGGUGCACUUCUUGAAUCCAUACAGAAAGAGUGACUGCAAACAGGGAAGGAUCACCAAUACGGAUGAUUUUAAACAUUUGGCUAGAAAGUUGACUCAUUUCGUUCUUGCAAAAGAAUUGAAACAUUGCAAAAGUGUUGAUGAAUUGCAAUGCAACGAUAAUGUUAAACACAAGGCUAAAGAUUUUGUACGUAAGUAUAUGAGUAAGUUUGGGGCAGUAUAUCAGAAAGCUACGGAUGAAGAUUAAUGAUAAGUGAUGUAACGUAAUUUUGUAAUUUAUUACAUAUAACUUUUACCACUGCAAAUCCCCUUAAAAUAGCACUCAUAUGUAGAUAUAUUCAUAAUAGCGGCGACUCUUUAAGGUAGUUGAAUAACUUUGCCUGAACGUGAUAAUUAAUUGCGUAUUUUAAAUGUUAAUAGGCGAGUUAUUAUUUUUUUUUUUUAUUUAAUGUGUUUUGUACAAAUCUAAAAUUCGUUCGAAACAUAGACUUUUUCAUGUUGUUCCUUUUAUAAAUAUCAGGUUUUACAAUAUAUGUAUGUUUCAAUUUAGAAUACAAUAUUAAGACAUUUUCAUGAAAAGAACUGUAGCUAUUGGUUAAACUGUUGUUAAUAAUGACUUCGAAUUACUUGUACUGAAGGAUGUCUUGUAAAUACAGCUCGAUGUAAACGA